AUGGAAAACCCAACCAGCUGGCCGUUUUACGAACCAGAAGAAAAAACAAGUAGUAUGCAAGAACAAAACGAACAUGAUUUUGUUACAUUUGAUGAUUGGGAUUUCGACGUUGAAGAUGAAACAACAACUAUUCUUCAUAUUAAAGAAACAACAGAUGAUAACAAAAAAGUGAAGAAAUCAUUGAUUUCUUCACUCAACAUAUUGAAAGACUUUGGAAAUGGAUUUAGAAAAUUAAAGGGGCAAAAGAUUGAUGUUGUUCAAAUUAGUGAAAAUGAGUGCACACCAAGUGUUUGUAAAUUGUCCACAGAGGAAAUUCUUCGAUUUGGUGGACAAAAAUUUAUUCAAUCUACUGAAUUCGAUCAUCCAUUUAUUAACUCAUUGUGUAGUCUUUCAGAGGAAGAAGAAAAUCGGGAGAAGCUUUUUGAUCGCGCGAUUAACCUUUUGAAUGAAUGUGAUAAGCUGAGUUCCAAAACAGGGAACCCUGUUGAGAGAUUGGUGUACUAUUUCUCUCGUGCUCUACGCGAACGAGUUGAUAUUGAAACGGGGAAAAAUUGCACGAAAGGUUUAGGGUUACAUGGAAUGAGAGAUCUUCAGGAGUCAUUAAGGAGUAUAAACGCGUGCACGAUUGCAGUUCAGGACAUGCCAAUGUGUCAAGUGGUGAAAUUUGCUGGAAUUCAAGCUAUAGUGGAAAAUGUGGAGAACUCGAAAAAGAUUCAUAUAGUUGAUCUCGAGAUCAAAAUGGGAGUGCAAUGGACAAUCCUAAUGCAAGCACUCACAACUCAUCAUCAACACAACUCUCAAAAUUCUCUUGAGUAUCUUAAGGUAACUGCAUUGAUAGAUGUUCAAUCAAGGACUAACGUCGAGGAGACAGGUAAACGACUUAUGAGUUUUGCUGAGUCCUUACACUUUCCGUUAUGUUUCAAGAUAGUUAUGGUGAAAGAUAUCUUUGAUCUAAAGAGAGAAGACUUAGACAUCGAUCCUGAGGAAUCCCUUGCAGUUUACUCGCAAUAUCUACUCUCCAAUAUGAUAACACAACAAGAUAGACUCGAUUUCCUGAUGGGAUUCAUCAAAGAAUUGAAUCCUUGUAUAAUGAUUGUUGCAGAGGUCGAGGCAAAUCUUAACUCUCCUGUUUUUGUUAACCGUUUCAUUGAAGCUCUAUUCUAUCACGGUGCUUUGUUUGAUUUGUUCGAGGAUUGUAUGAAAAAUAAUGAAUCAACUAGGAAGGCUAUGGAAGAAGAAGUAAUGUGGCAUGGAAUAAGGAACAUUGUCGCGAAUGAGGGGGAGGAAAGGACUAUGAGGCAUGUAACGAUCGAGUUAUGGAGAGAGUAUUUCAAGCAAUUUGGAAUGGAGGAGAUGAAAAUGAGCAACUCAUCGUUGUACCAAGCCAAGACGGUGGUAGAAAAGUUCUGUGGUAAGAACUCUUUCACGCUCGAAAUGAAUGAAAAUUUUGUAACAAUUGGAUGGAAAGGAACUCCUUUGAACUCACUUUCUGCAUGGAAGUUCCACAAAAGAAGCACUUUUCAUAGAGCUAAUUACUUCACUCUUUGA